AUGGGGUCGACAGGGCACGGAUACACGGCAGUCCUGAUUGUGCCGACAGGAGUAGGCGCAUCGAUCGGUGGGUAUGCGGGAGACGCGCUUCCUGUUGCGAAGACUAUGGCAUCUGUCGUAGACACCUUGAUUACCCAUCCUAACGUCAUGAACGGAGCCUCGCUGUACUGGCCGCUGAGCAACAUGCUCUACACUGAAGGUUACCUGUUGGACAACUUUGCGAGAGGGAAGAUCGGUCUGCUUCCUGUGACAACAGGAGGUCACAGGAUCGGCCUUCUGCUUGACAAGGAAAUGACCAAGGAAAUGAUUGAAAGGCACCUGCAGGCUGCUGAUGCGGCGAGAGCUACCCUGGGGAUCAACGUGUGCAAUUACCUUGUAACCGACGAAGAGGUUGGCGUUACAGUCGCAAUGACCUCGACUGGCGCGUCGAGAGGAGACUUGAACAAUCUCGGGACGCUUAUAAGAGGUGCCGAACGGCUCGUGAAAGAGUGCAAAUGCACAGCAAUCGCUGUAGUUUGUAAAUUUCCCGAAGAUGAAAGUGAUCAGGGGGAUGGAGUUGACCCUGUUGGUGGGAUGGAAGCGAUUAUCAGCCACGCUAUUACAUCAAAGGUUGCAGCAGAAGAAAUCGGUUUCACUUUUCUUCCGUGUGUCCUUGCAUACCUUCAUCGUGCCCCAGUCGUUGUCCCCCCUGAGGACCCCCGCGCCAAUCGAGCAAUUUGGGCAAGAGACGUAGACGCUGUGAUUAUACCUGCCAAUGCUGCCGGAGGCCUUGGGACGAUCUCCCUGGGACUGCAAACAAAUGCGCUUGUCAUCGCUGUUGAAGACAACAAGACCAAGAUGCAAGCCGAGCCUGAGGACCUUGCUUUGGACUGUGUGCGAGUGAGCAGCUACCUUGAAGCCAUCGGAAUGCUCGCCGCUCAUCGCGCAGGUAGGGACUUGAGGGGUUGA